CAAAAACAAACGUUACACAAGUAAAGCGAAAAUACAGCGACAUUUAUCUUGCAUCACCACCACCAAAUCCACCUUAACUCAAUGACUUCCAACGUCCUUGCAGCGCGCGACACUAAUUCAAAGGUCAAGGCCAUGGAGUCACCAGAGAAUACCAAGAUUAAGAGUCUUGAGUACCAUCGUCAGGUUCUACACUCGCGCCUCGAUGACAAGCAGGAGUCAAAGUACGUCUCGCCAUCCGACGACAUUAUGAGUCCGGCCACGCAGAAGCUGCAGGCCUUCAAGACCAAACACGCCAUGAAGAAGUCAAAGCCACAGACACUGUUCAAGAAGGCGAGCUCUAAGAGUCUCGAGGCCAGCAAAGGCAGCGGCUCGCUCAUGUUUGCCGAUAUCCCAAAGGGUGAUGCGGGCAAGCAAGAUGCAGAGGCCUAGAGGCGACAUUGCUAUUUUCGCCCGGGCGCCUGGGUUGUGGGUUUUUUCACGUGCGGGGCAU